AUGUUUGACCAAGCUAAUGUUAUAAAAAAUGGGCUAGCAGAGAAGGCACUGAUUUCUCUACUUUCACAAUGUAAGGAAAACGCAUCCCUACAAAAUGAUAAAGACAUCCAUAUGAUUAUCAACAUGGGAAAGAAGAUGGGCAUAAAAAGGGACAACAUUCCCCGUGUUAUCCCAUUGAGCAGAUGUAAGCUAUCCAAACCAAGAGAUUUGGGUAUACUGCUCAUCACCAAAGAUCCGUCCACUUUGUAUAGAGAGACUUUGACAAAAGACGAGCACACAUCAGAUUUGUUUAAGGAAAUUAUAAGCGUCAAGAACUUAAGGCGUAGAUUCAGAGGCAAUAAAUUAACUCAGCUGUAUAAGGAUUUUGAUUUAAUCGUCGCUGAUUAUAGAGUCCACCAUCUACUUCCGGAUGUGCUUGGCAACAGAUUUUAUCAUGGUAGUAAAAAAUUACCAUACAUGAUUCGAAUGUCCAAAGAAGUGAAGCUGAAACGGCAACAAAUGGCUGAAAAAUGCGACCCUAUUUAUGUAAGAGCGCAGUUGAGAAGUAUAUGCAAGAACACUUCAUAUAUCCCCAAUGAUGACAAUUGCUUAAGUGUCAGAGUCGGACACAUUCAAAAACAUCUCAUUCCUGAAAUUUUACAAAAUAUCCAAGACGUAGUGAACUUUUUAACCGAUAGGAGUAAGAGGCCGCAAGGCGGUGUCAUCAAAGGCGGAAUAGUAUCUAUAUUUGUCAAGACCAGUAACAGUACUAGUUUACCCAUAUACCAAUUCACAGAACCUAAGGAGAACCACGAAAGUGAGGAUCUGAGUGAUAUAAGAUUAUAG